GAAACAGGAAAAUUUCCGGAAUCCCAUACCCAGGUAUAAAUAGACAUCACUUUGAUUCCAGCGAGCAUCAGUAUCUUCUAGAGUUUACUCAUUUCAACACAUUUAGUGAAACAUUUGUUAACAUGGCACUCAAGCUGCUGAUGAUAUUGGCCACCUUGACCGUCGUGGUAAGUCCGGCCUCUGUUGCGAAUGGACGGCGUCAGUCCUUGGCUGCCUUGGAUGAUCAACCGGAACCUAACUAUUCGUACGGUUAUACCGUACAGGAAGAUCGAACCGGUGAUCACAAAAGUCAACACGAAAGUCGUCAGGGAGAUCGUGUCGAGGGUCAGUACCGGCUGCGGGAAUCCGAUGGAACUGAACGUAUUGUGGAUUACACGGCGGACGAUCGCAAUGGCUUUCGAGCCGUCGUACGUCAUGAACCGGAGCGGCAUCAACAAUCCGUCCAAGCGAUUCGAUUAGUUCCGCUCGUCCCCGAAUACGAUGCUGCUGCUGCCGCCAAGCGCGGUUGGUCUGCGGGUUUAAAUUCCCGCUGGGAAGGUCAGCACUACAUCGAGCAACCGUGGAUUUUGUUGGAACCUAUUCGCCACAAUUGAUCGAGUUUUUCUUUAACUCAUCUUGGAUUCAACCCAAAUCUGUACAACUUCAUCACUGAGAUCGCUCAUGAGAUGUCCGGCAUGAAUAGGAAAAAGUAUGUACCGGUGUACCGAAAUAAUAACAGGUGUUUUAUAAUUAUCGACGUUUCGACCAUCGGUUUUGGUCUUGUUCAAAAGAAUGGAUACUUUCCUUGAACAAGUCCAAAUCCAAUGACCAAAACGUCGGCCAGUAUAAAACAUCUCUUUUUAAUUUUUGUGGACCGAUUCAGUCGAAGAACCGAAAUAAAAGUUUGCUAUGUUUGAAAAA